GAGUUGCUGUGGCGGCAGGAGCUGCUGGCGGUUCAAACAGUCAUGACACUGAGCUGCCGUGGUCUCCUCAUCAACCUGCCUGUCCCUGCCUGUGCUCCUCGGUGCUGCCGGUGAGGAGGAUGUCGGUGGUGACGGUGCAGCUCGGUCAGUGCGGGAACCAGGUGGCUCACGAGCUGCUCGACGUCGUUUGGAGCGACGCUCAGAAGAAACCCUCCAGAGCAGCCAGCUGUGAGCGCUUCUUCCACCACAACACACAUGGAGAGCUCGUGGCCCGGGCGGUGCUCAUUGACAUGGAGCCCAAAGUGAUCAACCAGAGUCUGAGCAGAGCCGCCAAGUGUGGCCGGUGGAGGUACGGAGAAGAUUCUCACUUCAGCCAGAAGCAGGGCUCCGGGAACAACUGGGCUAAUGGGUAUUGUGUCCACGGCCCUCGUCACAGAGACGUGGUGGAGGAGCUGGUGAGGCGGGAGGUGGAGCGCUGCGACAGGCUGGCUGGGCUGUUAGCCAUGAUGAGCGUAGCAGGAGGAACGGGGUCAGGAGUCGGUGCUUACGUCACCCAGUGUCUCCGAGACAUCUACCCAACGUCCUUCAUCCUCAACCACCUCACCUGGCCGUACAGGACUGGAGAGGUGAUCGUCCAGAACUACAACUCCGUGCUGACGUUGGCUCAUCUCUACCAGUUGUCAGACGCCAUCCUGGUGCACGAGAACGACACGGCGCACAGGAUCUGCAGUCAGCUGCUCAACAUUAAACACAUCUCUUUCAGUGACGUCAACAAGGUCAUCGCUCACCAGCUGGGCAGUGUGCUGCAGCCUGCGCUCACCGCUGACUCCCACGGAGUCUACAGCAGAAAUCCUCUGGGUGAGUUGGUGAGCGCUCUAGCGUGCCACCCAGAGUACAAGCUGCUCAGUAUGUGCACUAUUCCUCAGAUGCCCAGUUCCUCCAUAGCCUACAGUACAUUCAGCUGGCCAGGGCUGCUCAAACAUCUGCGACAGAUGCUCAUCUCCAACUCCAAGAUGGAAGAAGGUAUCGACUGGCAGGUGCGUCCACCUGCAGGCUCUGGGCGGAGCACGAGUCUGACAGGAAGUAGCUUUAACACGUCUCUGGCCAACCUGCUCAUACUGAGAGGCAAAGAUGUCUACAGUGCAGAGACAGGUGGCUUUGAGGACCCAGCCCUCUACACUUCCUGGCUCUCAUCAAAAGAAGCUUUCAGCUUGUGGAAAUCCCCAGUCUCCUUUAAUAAAUAUGAAAAAUCUGCAACGCUGGUCAGUAACAGCCAGGCUCUGCUCAGUCCUCUGAAUGACAUGGUGGGAAAAGCCUGGAAUAUGUUUGCCUCCAGGGCAUACAUUCAUCAGUACAUGAAAUAUGGCAUCUCAGAGGAAGACUUCUUAGACAGCUUUACGUCUCUUGAGCAGGUAAUCUCCAGCUACAGACAACUGUGCUAGCAGUGGGAAAAACUACCAAACUCCACCGUGGACUUUAUGUAAACAGGAGAAUACCAUUAUGUGGGAUACUGUUUAAAGAACAUGUAAAUAAAAGGAAUGGUUUGCUUUGUCAGAA